AUGACAUACAGCGCCGGGUAUCUCAGGGUGAUGCUCCUCUUAAUUCUUGUAUCAAUGAUGUCUUCUUGCACCGGCUGCCCCUCUUCCAGCUUCGACCAUAUUGUCAACUACGAAGGCGCACUGGAGUUCCCCUUGUUUCACACGGACCACCUAUGUGUCCAACAACAUUUUGGUCGUCCAUUGUCAACUGAAAGCUUAGUUGAGACGGACCUUCCUAUCGACUUGAUACAAAAUGACAGUAUAAACGACUUUGCCUUUCUAAUGCCCAUUGAGCUGGGUACUCCACCGGUCUGGAACCUUGUCUCCAUUGAUACUGGAUCGCCACUCUGCUUUGUUCAGUGUGAACCUUGCACUCUCAAGUGCAACGACCAAGAGGGCAGUGGCUCAAAAUUCAACCCCAACAAAUCUGAGAGUUUAAGGCGUGUUGGGUGCUCGGAACGAAUUUGUCGCACGGUCCAGUCGGCCCUCCGUAUUGGAUCCAAAGCUUGUAUGGAGAAAGAGGAUAGUUGUCUUUACAGUGUCUCUUACGGAAGAUCAUCAGCUUAUUCCGUCGGCAAGUUGGUGACAGACAGAAUCGCCAUUGGGCAGUAUGAGAAGGGCUAUAGUCUCCCUGGUUUCGUCUUCGGAUGCAGCCUGGACAUCAAGUACGACCAGCAUGAGGCUGGCAUAUUCGGUUUUGGUGUUGCGCCAUUUUCUUUCUUUGCACAAGUAGCACGGAUAGUAAGCUACAAGGCUUUCAGCUAUUGCUUUCCCAGCGACAAAAAGAAGACAGGAUACUUGUCCAUCGGGGAUUACAGACGUGUGGGUUCAACAUCUUAUACCCCCUUGUUUCUGGCUCGCGACCAUCCCGUGUAUGCACUGCAGCUGGAUAAGGUGGUGGCCAACGGGAUCCCAUUGGUCAUGGAACCCUCGGAAAUGAUUGUUGACACCGGAUCAAGAUGGACAGUGUUGCGGUCUGCUACCUUCAGCCAACUUGAGACGGUAAUCACCGAGGCUUUGGUACCCCUCGGAUAUACACGUACUGCUGCCAUGGGACCGGGCUAUAUGUGCUUUGACGACGCCUGGUUACGCCCAUUCAAGAACUGGUCUGCUCUGCCGGUGGUGGAGCUUUCAUUCGAUAUGGGUGCUACGUUGAGAUUGGCACCCCAGAGCUCAUUUUAUUUCACUACCAACUAUGGACUAUGCACAUAUUUCAUGAAGGGUUCUGCUUUAGGAACUGCUGUACAGGUAUUGGGGAACUCGGCGACACGGUCUAUCGGCGUCACCUUUGACAUCCAAGGCGGCAAAUUUGCAUUUCGGAACGAUGACUGCUGA